GUGUGCGCGCGACUCAGUCCAACUGCAGAUCCGACCAUGGGAGACACUCAGUCUGCGCCACGGGAGAGCAAGAAGGAUGCAGAGGCUGAGGAGGACAGAGGCAAAGCAGAGGAUGCACACAGCAACGACGAAACAGCAGAGCAGGUCAAGCCUUUCAAAAACAGUGGGGAGAUCUCCGAGCUGAGUGGAAAGGCAGAUGGGUCUGUAGCAGACAUCAGUGGCCAUUGUGAGGAUGAGCUAGCUGCAGAGGCCUUCCAUUCUCAGGACAAAGAUGUUUCAAGGCCAGAAAAUCUACCCACAGAAUUAGAAAAUGUUGAACUCAGUGAAACACAAAUACCCGAGGCUAAUGAAGAGGAACCCGUGGAAAUAAUUGACAUGGAGGUGAAGCAGAAUGACAUUAAUGAAAGUUUUAGGAGAUUUUUCAGUAAUAUAGGGUUGAAACUGACAGUGAAAAGAGGCUCAGCUGAUACAGGUGAAAUAACAACAGAUGUUCCAGAUGAGACCAACAAAGACGAGGUGAGCAGACCUGAGGAUGAAAGUAUUAAGGAGAACAAAAGUGAGGAUGUUGAACAGAAUAUAGAAGUGACCAAAGUACAGGAGACCUUUGACAAUGAUUCAACAACAUGUCCAACAUUGACAGAUGGUAUAUCAGAGGAUGUUCUUGUGAGUGUGGAAGAAAAAAUAACAGAGACCAAAGACCAAGCUUUAAAUGAUAUCCCAGAAACAGUGAUGAAUUUACCCAUAGUCCAAGAUGCAAAGGGGCUUGUUGAUGAUGUACCUACAGAAGAGCCAGACUCCUCAUCUCCAUCUAAUCGAGAUGAAGAGGUAGUAUCUCCAAUUAAAAAGUUUUUCACCACGGGAAUCUUCUCCAGUUUACGAAAGAAGAAACUAGCAGAAGAUGAGACAGCUGACAAAGAACUAGUAGACAUGAGGAAAAAGGAAUCUGUAAACGAAACUGGACAAACUGUGCAAGACCAACAAGAGCAAACACAGGAAAUUACUCCAGGUGUUGAGGCACAUGAGCUUAAAGAUGAGAUCCAGCCUGCAGAAUCGGCUCAGACAACCGAUUCAUCUGAAGUUAAAUCCUCUUCUACUAACCAAUCAAGGAUAAUUGUCAAUGAACCUGAAAUGCUAACUUCUCAAGAGAAAGACAAAGUUCAAGCCAGUCCUCUAAAAAGGCUGCUGUCAGGGUCUAGUUUUACAAGACGCUCCAAAAAGCAAAAAGGUAGGAGAUCAAGUGAUUCCAAACUGUCUGAUUCUGGAGAACACAUUGAAGAUCAGCUUAUGUCGUCCACAGAGUCCACAGAGUGUCAAACGAAGGAUAAGGAGAGUCCUGCACCUCCACUCUACGCAGAAGGUCCAGUGGAGGAGGAGGAGGGUGCAUGGGCUUCCUUUAAAAAACUUAUGACUCCAAAAAAGCGAAUGAAGCAGCCACCCUUAAGCAAUGAUGAGACACAGAUCCCAGUUGCAGUAGAUGAACAGAAAGCAGGUGAUCGAGAGCAAAUCUCAGAUCAUAGCACAGAGGAGAGCAAAAAAAGAAAAGACUCAUCUGUUUCAUGGGAAGCUGUUUUAUGUGGAUCUGGAAGGAGAAGAAGCCGAAAAACAUCAGACUCAGAAGAAGAAAUGCCCCAAGGUGAAAAUGACAAAGUAAAACAAGACGGUGAGACACACGGGGUGGAACCACAUGUGGAAAGAUCCAAUGAAGUUGAUGAUAUUACAGCAUGUUCUCCAAAACAAGCAGGAAGUCCUUCUGAGAGUGAUGGAGGGUUGACGUGGAAGUCAUUUAAGAAACUUGUCACCCCUAAAAGAAAAGCCAAGGAUGAGGAAGAAGGCAGAGAAAACAUCCAGUCUGAUGGUGAAGUUACUCAAGAGGAGUCCUCUUUUUCAAUCAAAAAACUUCUCCCAGGCCGAAAAAAGAGGAAGCCUGCUGAAAAGCCAGACCAGGUGUCUUCAGACGAGGCUGAUAAGGAAGCAGCUUCAGGUGAUGAAGACUCAGAGACGCCAGCUGUGGUCCCAUUGUCUGAGUUUGAUACCCCAGAGGCAGAAGGUCACAUACAAACUCAGGCAAAUAUAGAAAGCAUACCCAAAGUACCAGACCAUAUCCUGCAACAGGACCAAUUAAGUCAGAUGACUGAACAUUUGCAAACUUCGGCGAAUGAAGUCCAAGAUAGCAAUGAAGUUUUGGUAAAUCAGACAUCUACCAUCCCUGUUUUAAGUGAAGAACCUGACGACCUCACAGAAUUAAUUAGUAAACACCAGCAACUUAGUGAUAUACCGGAGGAGGGUAUAAUCACAGAUACCAUGGCCACUCCAGCAUCAGUCACAGAAGAGGCUGCUAGGGAUGACACAAUAGCAGAGGACUUCAUUGAAAUCACAUCUGAAGCCAUAACUGCACCAGAGCCUGUAGACAGUACCCAGGCAGAUGAAACUGAGAUGGUCUCUGCAGUUUCCCAGUUGUCAGAGUCUUCAAAAACAUCUGGCAAUACAACACCAGUUCCAGCAGAAUAUGACUUGAAGGAAACACAGGUGCUGCUGCAGCAGGUGGUUGAAACCAUUUCUGAGACCCCAGAUGCUAUCACAGUCAGUUCAGAGGAUCUAUAUCCUGAAAGAAUAGCUGGCUCUGUCUCACACCAAAUACUUGAAACAGUCGCAAAAGAAGAGCAAACAAUUCUGAAACUACACAGACAAUCAGACGCAACAGCUAUACGCACUGGACUAAAGGUUAGUACACUAGAUGAAUUUGAUGAAACUGCAGCAUCCGCCCAAACAGAAUGCAUAUCUGAACUCAAUGAAGCCAUUUCCACAGAAAUUGCAUCUGAGGUUUCUACAGAGUUUGACUCUGCUCAGAUUGCUGAAGAUGAAGUACACAAGGUCAACAUUUCCCAGCCACAUGAAAGUAUAAAACAAUUUGAGCAAGUAGAGAGUAAAGAUGACAACCGAUUUCAGAUGCAAUCCCAGUCUGAGGUAACUGAGUCUGUGUCUACAGAGAUAUUGCAAAAAGGUGAAGAUGUCCCAGAUGAAGCUUCUCUACUUGGGGUACAUGAAGGGGAAGAGGAACCCUCAAAAAUUGACACUCAAGACAAAGGUUUAUCUGCAGUAGAUGAAACUGCAGCUCUUGUUACCGAGCAGGAAGUAGAAUCUUUGUUAGAAAUAAAAGAUGAAAUCACACAACAUGACUCAACAGCUGAACUCACAGAAGCAAAAGAGCAGCUGGCCAAAGCUGAUGAUGUGCCUGAAAAUCAAGAUGAACAACAGGCAGAUGCUGCCAAAACUGAAUAUAUUCAAAAUUCAGAAAUGCUAGAAUCUCAACUAUCAACUACACCAGUGGAGGAUAGUGUCCAAUCCACUCAAAAGGAACACACUGAAGUCACUGUGGAUGAAGCAGACAAAGAACCCAAACCAGAUGCUGUUAAAACUGAUGAAGUACCUGCACAAGAGGAGGAUAUUUUUGAGUCUUUGGAAAAAGAGAUAACAGAAGAUGAUGCAGCAAAAGAGCCAGAACAUGAACCACCUGCUGAUACUGUUAAAACUGACCAUGACCAGGUUGUAGAAAUUCUAGACUCAGGGGUGGGUACGGCUCAGGUACCUGAAAAGGAAAUAAAAGAUGAUGUAGCUGCAGAAACAGACAAACCUCAAGAGAAAGCAGAGCUUUUCACUGAAGUGGCAGAAGAAUUAGAAAUUGUGCAGAAAUCCACAUUAAAUUCAAAGGAGGGAACCAUUCUGUCACCUGAAGAAAAAGUGAAGUCAGAGGAUCACUCACAAGCAGAAACACACAAAUUCAAGCAGGAAACAGAUUCUGGUCUACAAAACAAAGAUGAACAACUCAUGAAUGCUUACAAACCAGAGCAUGCUCAAGAACCAGAAGUAUUAGAUGUUGCACAAGCAGCCACCUUAAAUUCUGGAGUUAUAUUAGAGGAUACUGCAGCACCAGAUGUAGAUGAAUCCACAGAGGAAACGAAAGCUAGUGGUGAGUUGGAAGAGCUACCACUGGAGGCUACCAAAACUGAACAUGAUGAAAACAAAGUUGUAACUGAAACAGAAACACAACAAAGCAUCAAAGUUGGGAUCCAACCAGAUCAGGCUUUAGAGAAUGAGAAUCACAAAACAGAAAACACUACUGAUGACGUCCUACUAAGUAUGCAGGUUGAACAAGAAGACCUCAACACUCAGGAUGUAGACAAGAUACAACCUGUAAUUGCUGUUCACAUAUCCUCUGUUAAUGAAGACACAGGUACUGCACAGAUACUUGAAAAAACAGUGAUUACUGAAGAAACCCCAGCACCUUGUGUAGAUAAAACUGCAGCUGUAGAUGAACCAGAACAUGAGAUACAUCUCAGUGAAGUGCAAGUUGGUGUUAAAGAAGAAAAAGAAGGUCACCUUCCACAUACUGAGACAAGGACCGCUGAAAUGGAGUGUGCUGCAGUGCCAGAAAUAAUUGCAUUCAAUCUGAAAGAUGUCAUGGCUGCAAUACCUGACCUAGUACUUAAGAAAUCAUCAAUAGAGAGUGAAGACAUAGAAAUUUCAGAGGUAACUCCAGUACCUUGUGUAGAUAACAUUGUAGCUCAAGAUGAACCCGAACAUAAGAUAUAUGUCAGUGAAGUGCAAGUCAGCACUGAGAAAGAAGAAGAACAGCAGUUUUCAAGCACUGAAAUGGGGACUACUCAAGUCCAGCAUGCUGUAGUGGCUGAAGUCAUCACAUGUAAUGUUGAAGAAGUCACAUCUGCAAUUCCUGAUAUUUUCAUACUGCAACUAUCAGAAGUGCAUGAAGAUAUGAUAGGUAUAGGGACAAAUGAGCAAGAAUUCAGGGAGACAGCUGAGACUGCCCCAGUGCUAACUGAAGAUAAGGUAACUGACACAGUACAGGAGGGCAACACAGUUGUGAUGAUGCAUAUGCCAUCAGUAGAGUUUGAGGACAGUCCCAGUAUUCAGGUACAGAUAGUCGAUGUUGAUAUAAAAUCAGCUGAGACCAGAGUGGACACAGUAAAAGCAGGGGUAACACAGACCAAAGAAAUUAUAGAUGUUUGCCAUGAAACAGUUACAAAAGUGGACAAUGUGUCAGCUACUUUUCAAAUCGAAGAGGAAAUACCUAGUGAGGAAGACAACGUGACCAUUCAAGAAGUUCUUCAACAUGUAAAGGAAAGACUGCCAGAGCCAAAACCAGUGGCUGAAGUGGGACAAAAAGUUGAAGAACAGCCAAAUGAUUCAACACAGCCGAGUGGUACGGUUGAAAAAACACAAAGUGAAGAAGAGGGUAAAAAAAUGGAGGAGGAUACUACUGGGCCUGAUGUCACAAGUGACGACUUCGAAGCUAAACAGGAAAUCAAACACGAUCAAACACCUGAUCUCCCAGGAACAUUAGAUGUGUCCUUCCAUGAUGACAAAGAGGAUUCAGACAAAACUAAAGCAGAACUGGAGAAAACAGAAGGUGUCACAGCUGACCAACUGGCUGUAAAGAGAACGGAUGAGGAAGAGAAGGAAGCUCAGAGUACACAGUCUGCCCAAACUCAGAUGGCUCCACCUAAUACUACUGCACUGGCGAUCCCCCAAAGCACUGGAAUAAUGUCAUCACUAGGAAAUGUAGAACCCCCCUCCAGCCUUUCUUUGGAGUUUAAACUAAAUAUCCAGUUUGGGCAGUCAAAGACACCGGCUUCACCUACUUCGUCACCGUCUCUGACAGAAAGAACAGAAUUUGUAAAGUCAGCAGAAAUGUCCGAAGUCGGAAUUCAAGCAGUGGAAAAAAUACAAGUUGUAACGCAGACAACUGAAACACAAGGAGCUGAGACACAGAAAAGGACAAGUCUGACAGAAGCUGCUGUCCAGGCAACAGAAGUCCCAGAAUCAGCAGUCACCCCAGAAUCACUGGAAACGGCACUCAUUAAGGAUCCACCAGUCUUGAUGGAUGUUGGCAUCCAGUCAGUGGGAACAGGAGGAUCAGAAGAACACAUCAGGUCAGCUGAGGAGGUGACGCCCUGUGUCCAGGGAGCAGAAACCAUCCAACCAGUACAGCCACCAGAGAAACCACAAGUUCUCCUGAUUCAGCCGCUUGUCUCUGAAGUUUCUGCUCCACAGGUGGAAGUAGUGGAAGAAGAGGAAUGUGAGCAGGAUGUGUGGAUGGAUGCAGAGGAAAACAUUUCCACUCCAGAUGAAACCGAGGUGCCCCGUGCAGAGCUGGAGGAAUCUCUGGAGUAUCAGUCAGACAAUGACAAAGAGUCCAAAACAGAGUUUCACAUGGCCCACACCGAGGAAGAAGAGAGUCAUCAGGAAAUGCACACAGCAGAUGGAACGGCUGAAAUAGAGAGUGAAGGUGAAGAUUUUACUGUCGCCGCCGAAGACCCCGAAAAUGCAACCACGAGCACAUCUACAACAGAGAAGGACUAAAGCCUCUGGUUAGACAAUCAACAAGGAAGACAUUUUACAGAAGCCAUCACAGAAAACACCUGACUGGAAGACUACAGGAAUAUGAAGUAUUUCUGAUGUUUCUCAUUAAGU